GUCAUCCUUAAAAUUGCUUCAAAAAUCGAGCGCGUAUUAUUAUUCACGUUUUCAAAACAUUGGCUUCUCACGAUAUUGCCAAUUAUUUUGUAGUACCCUCAUUCACGUUCACAAGUCAUAUGGAUGGACAUGCAGAAGAAUGUCGAUGGAUCAGACGCAGACAAGUACUAUAUUAUUGAGCAGAAGAAUCUUGUGCAGCUCCUUAAACUUAGUAUCAAGAAUUUCAUAGAUUUUGCCUUAUCGUUAACUUCUGGCUUGGAGGAGGAGGAAGGAAACCUUUAUCAACUCUUCGUUGUAUUAGAACAGAUUUUGAAGCACGGCCUAAAAGAGAAGAAUGGACUCUUCAUCGCUAGAACAGACUUCUUCAACGUUAUUCAGAUAGUAUCCAAAGAUUUAGAAUGGACCAAGGAUUUGUUAGAGAGUAUCACCAAUAUGUCCUUUCUCAGGACCUUCACAGGUCGGGGAAGGGCAUUUUUGAGACUGACAAUGAUGCAAAAAAAGACGCACAUAAUGUUUGCAGAGAUUUCAAACAACCUUGAUAAAGUACGGGCACUAUAUCAUCCUCACGCUCUUCUGCUGGCUGAAGAAGCUCACAUAAUAUCUGGUCUUCUUGUUGGUUUAAAUGUGAUAGACUGUAAUCUCUGUUUGAGAGAUAGAGAUCUCGACAGUCUUCCUCAGGUAGUACAACUGUCCCGGUAUCUGAAAGAUGGUAACUAUCUGGACACCCCAACACCUCCACCCUCCCCUCUACUUGACACUCACAAGCAGGAUUAUCAGAAUAUUCUAGAGCAAAAGAGUUACGUCGAGGAAAUCAAUGAGAAACUCAGGAUGGAUUUUCUUGUGGUCGAUAAGAAGAGCAAGAUGUUUCAGCAGGAUAACGACAUGCUCAUGAAAGAGGUUCAAAAUAUGAAGUCAAGAAUCGAGGAGCUAACUUCUGAGCGAGAUUGUAUGAGACAGAAAAUGGAUACAAGUGAAAAUACUUAUCAAAGAAGAAUGGAGGUAGAAAAGGCUGACAUUGCUGUAGAGCGAGAAACAUACGAAGCCUCAAGACAGGGUCUGAAUGAGCUUUACUUGCUUGCAAAGGAGGAGUUAGUGAAAACUAACAACAAGGUCACUGAUUUAGAGAGAGAUAUUGAAAUAGAGAGACGCAUCAAGAGUGAUUUGGAGAAGGCUAAUGGGUUGUUAGACAAGGAGUUGUUAGAUAAGGAGGACACGAUAGAGGCACUGCGUAAACAGUGCUCUGAUGUUAAGAAACUUAACCUCAGUAUGCUUAAUAAAGUUCAGGAAUCAGACAAGAAGUUGGCAGAAAGGAAUGUUUCACUGAAGGACAUGGAGUCGCGAACCCACCAGUCCUCGUCGGAGAUGACUGAUCUUGUUAACAGAACCAAGGAACUAGAUAUAGAAAAUCAAGAUCUCAAGAAAGAGCUUGACGAUUACAAAAAGAAGUGCUACGAGAUGGAAACGACAUUGGAUACAGCAGUUACGGGGUGCAGUGUUGAGAAGGAAUGGAGGGAGAACCUCCAGAAACAAAAUGUAACAAACAGGGAGGAUAUAGCGAGAUUGCGUACGGAGGUGACCCACGUGACCGAGUUGAAGAGUGCUCUGAAACAGUUACAGAGGGAAAAUGAUGAUCUGAGACGCAGCUGUUCUGAACAGGAACAGGCGCUGGUAGAAUUAGGAGACCACCUAAGCAAAUCGAAAGUUAAAGCGGAAGAACUUAAACACGAUGUUGAGAUGACUAAAGAGAACAAAUGGGUGUCUGACAAAGAACAAGUCAGCUGUCAGCAGUGCAAGAAAAACUUCAGCGUUUCUAGGCGACGGCACCACUGUCGUAACUGUGGAGGUAUAUUCUGUCACCAGUGUUCUGACAACACCAUGCCCCUCCCCUCCUCCUCCCGUCCUCUCAGAGUCUGUGACAGUUGUGCGGAUCUGCUGUUACAACGCAGCGUCGUCCUCGCCACUUAGACAAAUGCUUGUUAGAAUUAGGCUACAGGGUUUAAUGUGCAGUGUUUGUAUUAUCUUCAGGGAACAGUUGGAUGGUUUGCUUGUGAGAAAAUAGUAUAGGAUUUCUUGUUGAAGGACGAAGCUUCAAGCUGCCAGUUUCUUGAGAUUUUGAAAGUGUGAAGAUGGUUUGUUAAUUUUGAUUAACAUAAAUCUGGGUCGAGCGCUGUUUACAAUAGAAUAUGUAAUGUUGUGUGUUGCUCUGGUUACAAUAGAAUAUGUAAUGUGUUGCAGCUGGUAUUGUACACUUGAUUUACUGAUAUUUUUACUUUUCAAUUUUAAUUAUUUUUGGGGUUGAUUUUCCUAAAUCUAAACGUAUUAACUGUGUUAAAUGAUUAAUGCGUGGCGUGUUGUGUUUAUGCUAUCCAUCCAUGCAUAGCUUAAAUCAAUCUUGUGUUUUAUAAGAAAGUAGAAAUAAUAACUGGGCACAUUGUUUUCUUACCUAACUAUGCAGUAUGCAUUUAGUAGACGUGCAUUAAUAAAAAUACCACAAUUUGUUGUAAAAUUUACCAUAUUAGUUAUUAGGGUCUUAGUAUAUAUUGUAUAACCUUUAUUUGUUACGUAGCAUAAUUUAGGUUAAGCAGUACACAACUUGUAUCAAUUAAAUGUUUCACUUUGUAAACUGGUACUGAACUAAAGAAGAGUUAAAUUAAUGACUUUUGAUUUUGUAUAUAUAGUGUUUUGAUGUGGAAUUGUCAAAUAUACAGUAUAUAGAUUGUUUUGAAUGUCUGAA